ACAGCACAUGAUGAUGUGCAUACACAAGGCAAGAAAGGGUGGUAACUGCUGUCAAGAACCCCAUAAGUGAGUUGUCAAUUCUUAGUUGCUUCAUGGAAAGGAUGGUCUGUGUUCUUUUCUGAUAUUUUUCAGUGUAAGAGGUUUCAGCUUUCAAAAGGACAGCAAAGGUGGGGGAAGUAUUGUUGUCUUCUGAUACUCUUGUUUAGACUUUAGUGGUAUUUGAACCGUACAACAAUAUCUGGUCUUCAGUUGAUGUUUUAGAUCAGCCAGUUUGGUUUUCUGGAUAGUUGUUGUAAAGCCCACUUGAGCUGGUAGGAGUACUUCUUAUGACAUUGUACACAAGUGGGACUUCAAUUGAGAGUGACAAUUCAUUCAUGUUUAAUAGGAAAUCUUAACUCUCUCUUUCUCUCUCCUUAAUGAAUCUGAUCUUCAAUUUCUUUAGUUCUGCUAAUGGGUAUCUACAGUGGCCUUGGAUUAUAGAUUCCAUGUUUAGGUUUGUGGAAGGAGGUAGAGAGCUCCUACCAGAUGUCGAAGUCAUAUGCACCCAUAGUUUUAGGUGCUGCAGGAGGACUUGCAUUGGUGUUGCUUGUUAUUGUGCUUGUGUGGUUUUACAUGUUGCAGUGUAAGAAUUCAAACAAGAAUUCUGAGACAGGUUCUUCAGACCCAUCUACACUAGUUACAGUGGAAUGGAAUAGGCAAGCUGGAUCGAGUUCAGUGGGAGGUCCCCCUAUAUCAGGACCACAGGAAGGGAAGCAAUUCAUGCUGGAUGAGUUGGAGGAUGCAACAAAGCAAUUCAGUGAAAACAAUGUGAUUGGACAUGGUAGUUUUGGUUUAGUCUACAAAGGUUUGCUACGUGAUGGAACUGUUGUAGCAGUUAAAAGGCGUCCAGGUCCAUCCAGGCAAGAAUUUGUAGAAGAGGCAUGCUACCUGUCGGAGAUUCGGCACCGAAACCUUGCUAGUCUUCUUGGUUACUGCCAGGAAGAUGGCUCUCAAAUGUUAGUUUAUGAAUAUCUGCCCAAUGGUAAUGUAUGUGGUCAUCUAUAUGAUACUGGACAAGGAUCAAAUACAAAAUUGGAGUUCAAACAAAGGCUUUCCAUAGCCUUAGGAGCAGCUAAAGGUCUGUGUCAUUUGCAUAGUCUGAGACCUCCUCUAGUACACAAGAACUUCAAAACGGCUAAUGUCUUGGUUGAUGAAAACUUCAUUGCAAAAGUUGCUGAUGCAGGGGUUUUUGAGCUACUUGAAAGAAUUGAAGAUGCAGGUCCUUCGUCCCGGCCAAUGAUUGGCAAUGUUUUCCAAGAUCCAGAGAAAGGAGAAUUGAGAUUGUUCUCUGAAAUGAGUGAUGUCUACAGCUUUGGGAUAUUUCUUUUGGAGCUCAUAACUGGACAGGAGGCUUUACGAAUUAACCUGAGAUCUAGCGAAAGCUUGAACCAGUGGAAGGUUGAAUCACUUGCGAGUUCAAACAAUCUUGUUGAUUGCCGGCUGGCCGGAAACUUCACUUUGGAGGGCAUGAAGGAUUUGAUCAAUUUGGCAUCAUGGUGCAUGAACUUAGCAGGAAAAGUGAGACCAAAAAUGGAAAUGGUUGUGACAGAGCUUGAUCGAAUACUAGAAAACGAGAGAACAAUGACCACAGUAAUGGGUGAGGGUACUGCCACAGUCACUCUAGGGAGCCAAUUAUUUGCUUAAAAGGUGAAGAUCUGAAAACCAAACGGUUCUCUGUGUUUCUGGUUCUACUU